CUUGAGAGCAUUGGCUGCAGCUCCCGGUGCCUGCGACUGGCCCAGGCAUGGAGACCCGAGCCUGAGCUGGACAGAACAAGCCAGUGGCGGUGGCGGCAGGCCUCCCCAGAAGCUCCUGUGAGCUGAAGAAAAGGGACCUUUAUGCCUUUCAGAAGGAGGCUCGUUCUGCAAGGCUGAGGAAACAAGGCAAAGAAUUGUGUGUCACUCUAGUCCAGACGUCUCAAACCAACAGUUCCUGGCAGCCCACUCAGGGAUGGUAUGGUGCCUUUCUCACUUCUCUCAAGGUCCUGUCUUCUCUCUACUCUAAGGAGUCUACCAAAGGCAGCACACAUUAGAAACACAUCCAGCAUGACUGAAGGGCUCCAACCAGCUGGUGUGGUGGUCCUGCCCAGAUCCCUAGCGCCGGCCUUUGAAAGCUUCUGCCAGGCCAACCAUGGUCCUCUGCCCCUGCUGCGCCAAAGUGAGCCAAGGAAGAUGCUGCCUCACCUGAGCCCUGUUCCAGACAUAAGGACCACCCGUCCACAGUUUCAGAAAUACGAGUUUGGCACCUGCACUGGCACCCUGGCCUCACUCGAAGAGCACUCAGAGCAGCUAAAGGACAUGGUGGCCUUCUUCAUGGACUGCAGCCUCCCUAUAGACGAGGCCUUGGAACGGGCAGGAGUCCCCAGAAGGGACCCAGCAGGCCCCAGCCACACAGGAGCAUACAAGACUUCGGUGCCAUGUGCCGCCACUGCUGGCUUCUGCUGCCCUCUGGUGGUCACAAUGAGACCUGUCCCCAAGGACAAGCUGGAAAGGCUGCUGCAGGCCACUCACUCCAUAGGAGGACAGCAAGGACAACCCAUCCACAUUGGUGACCCAGAACUUUUGGGAAUCAAGGCGCUUUCUGAACCUGACUACGGGAGUUAUGUGGAGUGUCGGCCGGGGGAUGUCCCAGUGUUCUGGCCUUCUCAGCUGACCAGUCUGGAAGCAGUCGUCAGCUGCAAGGCUCCAUUGGCUUUCACCAGCACUCCAGGCUUCCCGGUGAUGAUCCCGAAGGACACGGUGUCUCCAGCCGUUCGUCCGACUCCCGAGAUGGUCCCAGAAGUCCACGCCAUUUCCAAAGACCCUUUGCACUACAGCAUAGUGUCCGCCUCCGCUGCUCAAAAGAUCAGAGAGCUGGAGUCCACAAUCGCCACAGACCCAGGAAAUCGAGGGAUCUGGCAUCUGCUACUUAAAGAUGAGUUGCUGCAGGCUGCUCUGUCGCUGUCUCAUGCCCACUCAGUACUGGUCACCACUGGAUUCCCCACUCAUUUUAAUCACGAGCCCCCAGAGGAAACAGAUGGUCCACCGGGAGCCAUCGCUUUAGCUGCCUUCCUGCAGGCUCUGGGGAAGGAGGCCGCCAUGGUGGUAGACCAGAGAGCCUUGAACUUACAUAUGAAGAUUGUGGAAGAGGCCGUUAAGCAAGGGGUUCUGAAGACGCCAAUCCCCAUAUUAACGUACCAAGGUGGAUCAGUGGAAGAUGCUCGGGCAUUUUUAUGCAAAGAUGGGGACCCCAAGUCUCCUAGAUUUGACCAUCUGGUGGCCAUAGAGCGUGCAGGAAGGGCCGCUGAUGGCGGUUACUACAAUGCGAGGAAGAUGAACAUCAAGCAUUUAGUUGACGCCAUUGAUGACAUUUUCCUCGCCGCACGGAAGCUUCCUGGAGUCUCAUCAACUGGAAUCGGAGAUGGCGGCAAUGAACUUGGCAUGGGCAAGGUCAAGGAGGCCGUGAAGAAGCACAUAAGAAACGGAGAUGUCAUCGCCUGUGACGUGGAGGCCGACUUUGCUGUCAUUGCCGGUGUUUCUAACUGGGGAGGCUACGCCCUGGCCUGCGCACUGUACAUUCUGAACUCAUGUCAAGUCCACGAGUGCUACCUGAGGAAAGCAACUGGAUCUUCCACAGUGACUGGGGAGCAGAGCUGGAUUCAGGCCCUGCCAUCUGUCGCUAAGGAAGAAAAAAUGUUGGACAUCUUGGUACAGAACCAAGUCCGGAGUGGAGUCUCGGGCAUCGUGGGCAUGGAAGUAGAUGGGCUGCCUUUCCAUGGUGUUCAUGCUGAGAUGAUCCAGAAGCUGGUGGACGCCGCCACAGGGCGUCCAUGACCAACUGUGCUGGCCGCGUGCCAAGUCGCCACCCGAUGGCUAGCCUGUGUCUAGGCAGGAGUCCCAGAGGCAUCGCUCUAAUUGUCCUUCACCCUAGUGUCUGCAGGCCACCCUUACGGUCUGCUCUGAGAAUCUUUUUGCCUGCUACUUAAGAGAUAACUUGUGGGCAGGGCGCAGUGGCACACGCCUGUAGUCCCAGCACUCAGGGAGGCAAAGGCAGGCAGAUUGCUCUGAGUUCGAGGCCAGCCUGGUCUGCAAAGCAAGUCCAGGGGAGCCAAGCUACACAGAGAAACCCUGUCUUGAAAACCCCCCAAAAAACCAACCAAACAAAAAGAAAUAAUUUGUGCGCAGUUAACUGUAAGGCAGAGUGUGAGAAUAAGCAUCAGCCGGGCAGUGAUGGCACAGGCCUCUCAUCCCAGUACUCCGGUACUCAGGAGGCAGAGGCUCACAGAUCUCUGAGUCUGAGGCCAGCCUGGGCUACAGAGCAAGUUCCGGGACAGCCAGGGUUACACAGAGAAACCCUGCCUUUAAAAAAGUAAAAAAACCAAAAAAGCAUCACCAUGGCCGGGGCUAACGGAAGAAGGAUGAGUGCCCACACCUGGAGUGUUGGGUAAAACACUGUGUUGUGUACUCAGCACCAGCAGCAGCAACACACUUGGACCUCUGAAACUGCUUUCUUUUUCUAAUGGUGAUCUGCUUACAAUUGAACGGUCCUCCCACAACACCCUCCCGCCACCACAUCCCACUGUCCCUCACCCCCAUUCGCCUCUGACAUUUCUUACUCAUACUUUCCAUCUUACUCCUAACCCUGGCCAGACUCCUUGCCUCUUUCUAUGGGCAGGAAGCCAUUUUUGCCAGUAGAGACCAAAGGUGAGUCAGACCUGCCCAGGGCUCGGACAGAUGAGCUCACCCCGAUCUUUCACAACCUCCAAGCCCAAUUUUCUCAGCAAAAUCAGAAACUGAGCCGCUGACCACGCCCCGUUAUAGGCUUAGUCAUGACAUCUUGUGUGAGUCUGCCAAGAGUUGUUGCAUUUCUUUAAACAUGGCUUGUGUGGUUCUUCAAGGGGCAUUCAUUGUGAAGAAGGAGCCCAUGGUAGAGAUUUCACACCCCAAUAAAGUCUAAGUGCAAAAAGAAAA